AUGGGGUUUGGACAUUUCUGUUCCCUGGGAUCCACCGAGCCGUCUCCCGUCUCCCGGCCUUAUGGAGAUGUUUGUCGCACGGGACACUUUUGUCCUCGGGGUAGUGGGUCACCCAAACCCUGUCCUGUUGGGAGCUUCCUCCCCGAGCCUGAAGCUUCUGCCCUCUCUCACUGCCAUCGUUGCCCCCCGGGAAAAUACUGCCUCGGUCCUGGAGGCUCACGGCCGACAGGUCUGUGCUCUGCAGGUUUCUUCUGUUCUGGAGGUGCCGAUAGCCCCACACCUCGAGCCUCUGCUGUGUCCAGCUGCCUGUGUGAAAUACUGGAGGUUUAUACCACAACGACGGACGCCGCCCUCUGGAUUCACAAUCUGCCCUGCUUCAAUAACUCCAGUAAUUCCGGGGGAGACGCGAGCUCGAUCGAAGCGGUAACGGCGCCUCGGGCGGACUCGGACCACAUUGGGACUCGCUCGCCGCCGUGCCCGGAGAGUCGACAUAAUGGCUGCUCCACCUACAGAGGGGAUAUAUGCCCUAAGGGUUUCUAUUGUCCCGUGGGCUCUUCCCACCCCGAGCCGUGUGAAGCCGGCUCUUACUGUGACGACACUGGUCGAGAUGCCCCCUCAGGACCUUGUGCUGCAGGACAUCUCUGCCCCAGAGGCUCUUUAAACCCUCACGCCGCCCCUUGCCCCGCAGGAAACUACUGCCCCCCUGGAACUCCUCUUCCUCUGCCCUGUCCGGUUGGAACCAUAACAAGGUCCCUCGGCGGGUCUACGGUGGAGGCUUGCCAGCCGUGUCCUCCGGGUCACUACUGCGACCGGAGAGGAAGAGCCGAGCCAAGUGGCCGGUGUGCAGAAGGCUACUACUGCCCUGGGGGACAGAGCGUCGAGAGACCACCACAACACGUCUCCUCAGCGGGACACUUCUGCCAGAAGGGGAGUGUCAGACAGACCGCCUGCCUCCCAGGCAGCUACCAGCGACAACCAGGCCAGGGCAGCUGUGAGACGUGCCCUUCUGGUUUCUAUUGUCGAGAUCGAGGAGCGACCCAUCCACUUCCUUGUGAGAGAGGAUUUUAUUGCCCCAGUGGAUCAGAAAAUCCACAUCCAUGUCCCGCGGGAAGUUACGGGAACCGGUCAGGACUGGCUGAGGAAUGGCAGUGCUCACUGUGCGACCCGGGGAUGUACUGCAGAGGAACCGGGAGGACUUUGCCCAGCGGGCCGUGUGCAGCGGGGUUUCUCUGUGUGGGCGGAGCCUCUGAAUCAGCGCCACUCGAUAACCUGACUGGAUCCCCGUGCCCCCCCGGCUUCUUCUGCCCCGUGGGGACUUCAGUACCAAAACCAUGCCCCAAAGGAACAUUCAGUGAGCAGAACCGGCUGGUGGACGAGGCUCAGUGUCGCCGCUGCCGUCCCGGCUCCUACUGCUCAGAGCCCGGCCUGUCUGCAGUCUCCGGGCCCUGCCCGCCAGGUUUCUACUGUCUGGAGGGAUCCCAGACUGCUACCCUGUCUGGAAGCGUUUGCCCAGCAGGCCACUACUGUGCCGAGGGCAGCCGGGUACCCUCACCGUGUCCAGUUGGCUCUUACCAAAAUGAGACCGGAGGACAAAGAAAAGAUUACUGCAAAACAUGCCCUCUUGGCUGGUUCCAGGACGUGUCGGGCCAAACCGAGUGUAACCCAUGUCCUCCCGGGUUCCACUGCCCGUACCCGAGCAGCGGCCCCACCAGGGGGAGCUCCGCUGGAGUCUCCGGCCCUCUGCCGUGCCCCUCCGGCUACAUCUGUCCCAGGGAGAGUGCAGACGGUCAACCUGUUCCCUGCCCCAAAGGCACCUACAGCCCCAGCCACGGGCUCACCACCGCAGGUAGACACCCAGUUUAG